AUCUUGUUUUUGUUUGCACUUGAAGAGUCAGUCGUUCUUUUAGUGUCUUCGGUGUUUGAUCAACUUUGAAUCUCUUUCGGAAUCUUAAAAUAAUGUCUGUCAAAGUACGACUUGCAUUCAUUUGGAUUACUCUAUUACAAUUCAGCUUUUUGCGUGGAGUAUUGUCACUAAAAAAGGGAUACUAUACAAUUGUUUCACCCUCACAUGUUGAACCUGAGUCUACCUUUCACAUAUCUUUAACAUUAAACGAUUUUUAUAAAUCCUGCUGGUUCAAUGUUAGCCUCACAACUUUCGUACGGGAGGAAAAAUUCCAUGAUUUUGGAAGUAUUGAAGUUGAACCGGGAACAACCAAAUUAGUUGAACUUAAAGCACCUUCGUAUGAAUAUAGAAUUGGAAAUUUAGAAGUUACUGGAUUUAGUGGUAUCAUCAGCAAGGAUUCAACUUCGAUUUAUUUUGGAUUGAAUAAAUUAUGGAUAUUCAUUCAGACCAACAAAGAUAAGUACAGGCCUGGAGAAUUGGUUGAAAUUCGGGUAAUUUGCGUUGAUCAAUUGACAAGACCGGAAAAAGUAAAUAAAACAGUUAAUGUUGAGAUUUCUGAUGGCAAAUAUAAUCUUGUUAAGGGCUUAUACAAUGUCAAAUUCAAGCAAGGUGUUUUAAAGGCUGAAAUUCAACUAUCAAAUAAUCCUGUUUUAGGUCUUUGGAGAAUAAGAGUCGAUGGUGUUAAUACUUACACUGAUAAGAGAUUUGAAGUUGAUAGAUAUGUUUUGCCAAAAUAUAAUGUUAAUAUUGACGCAAAAAUAAUCAAAAAAGAUAAUAAGAACCAAGUGCAAUUGGAAAUUAGUGCAAGCCUCACAACUUUCGUACGGGAGGAAAAAUUCCAUGAUUUUGGAAGUAUUGAAGUUGAACCGGGAACAACCAAAUUAGUUGAACUUAAAGCACCUUCGUAUGAAUAUAGAAUUGGAAAUUUAGAAGUUACUGGAUUUAGUGGUAUCAUCAGCAAGGAUUCAACUUCGAUUUAUUUUGGAUUGAAUAAAUUAUGGAUAUUCAUUCAGACCAACAAAGAUAAGUACAGGCCUGGAGAAUUGGUUGAAAUUCGGGUAAUUUGCGUUGAUCAAUUGACAAGACCGGAAAAAGUAAAUAAAACAGUUGAGAUUUCUGAUGGCAAAUAUAAUCUUGUUAAGGGCUUAUACAAUGUCAAAUUCAAGCAAGGUGUUUUAAAGGCUGAAAUUCAACUAUCAAAUAAUCCUGUUUUAGGUCUUUGGAGAAUAAGAGUCGAUGGUGUUAAUACUUACACUGAUAAGAGAUUUGAAGUUGAUAGAUAUGUUUUGCCAAAAUAUAAUGUUAAUAUUGACGCAAAAAUAAUCAAAAAAGAUAAUAAGAACCAAGUGCAAUUGGAAAUUAGUGCAAGCUAUUUUUAUGGAGAACCUGUAAAAGGAGAUCUUUCGUUAUCCUUCAUCAACACUGGAGUUCCAACUGAUGCAUGGGUUCCAACUCUUUCAACUGUGAACCAAGAAUCUCGCAUCGAUGGACAAACUACAAUAUAUCUCGAUUUAGAAGACUACAUUCGCCUAAAACAUGAUAACAAUAAGGACCAAAAGCCUUCUAGUCCUUAUUUUAUGUCGCCAAGCAUAUUUGUAUUUAGCAUAGAAGCUCAUGUAUUCGAUGAUAUAAGUAAGGAAAAAGCUUCAGCAGAAACUGAAGUCUCAGUUUACUCGAAAUCCUAUCACAUUGAGAUCGAGGCUCCAGAGGAAUUUGAAUCGUACUCAAGGGAUAUUUUAAAAUUUAAGUUAAAAGUAACUUUGAGAGAUAUUACGGAUACGAUAAUUAAGGAUCCAAAGGAUCCAAUCGAAGUUGUUGUUGGGUGUGGCAUUGUUAUAAAGUAUCAACGUGAUUAUAAUAAAUUUGAUAAAAUUCGAGUUGGGUACCAAAAUGAGCCUGGAAAGGAUUAUGGUCUUAUUAAUAUGACCAACAAGGAUUAUAACGAAUGUUUUGUAUUCGCCGAAUAUCAAGAUGUAAAAUCUUCCACAAAAAGGAUGUACAGGAGAGAAGAAGUUUUUGACAUUGACAUUUUAACCGAGAGUCCUGAAGAAGGCAAAGAAUUUGAGGUGAAGAUCUCAAAUCCAGAACCACUGGAAGAGUUUUCAUAUGAAAUUCUUGUUAGAGGAGAUAUAAUUCAAUCAGGACUUGUAGUUGUACCUGGAAACCAAACGUCUUACAUCCUUCGCCUCAAUGCGACGUCUUUGAUGGUUCCUAAAAUUACACUUUAUGCUCAUCACAUUAAGGAUAUGAAAUUUGGCGGUCAGAUGAAGGAUGUUGUCAUACAAAAAUCUCUCAAAAAUUCGAUCGUAAUCAAAACUGUUAAAGAGACGGAACCUGGAAAGCCUGUAAACAUUAACGUUACAACAAACGAAGGAUCCUACGUUGGUUUGAUGGCGCUCGAUUCAAGUGCCCUUCAAAACGUUAUCAAGGAGAAUAUUUUCGAUGAAGAGUUUGUCAAGAAGAAACUUAGGCAAUACAAUUCUGAAAGAGUUUAUCCGAUCCCAUCGUAUGGUCUAUCGGUUAGUGUGAUAACAUUUUCCAAUAUAUUUCCACCUGGCACUCGAGAAAAUGGACCAGGAGGAGAUGAUGAGCCUGCUGGAGGUGGUGAUGAACCACGUGUUCGUAAUCUCUUUCCCGACAGUUGGUUAUUUAAGGAUUUUGAAAGGACUCCUAAAGGAGGGAUCAUCAAUUUUAUGGAAACCCCACCUGACUCAAUUACUACAUGGGCGAUAACUGGAUUCUCACUUCAUCCCGAAACUGGAUUGACUUUUACAAAAAACAUUACAAAUCUGCGAGUUUUUCAAGAAUUUUUCAUUUCCAUGGACUUACCAAGCUUAGUAAAAGAAGGUGAAAUAAUUGAAGUUCCUAUUUACGUUAGCAAUUAUAUGACCCAAGAUCUUGUCACCAAUUUAACAAUCGAAAGCAAUAGUGAUGAGGGCCUUGAUAUUUUGGAAAAUCCUGAAUCAAGCUCAAAAUCAAAACAAAAUCUCCCGGAACUUACUAUUUCAAAAAAGAAGCGAGAAAAGUUUAUAUUUUUCCUAAAACCAAUCAAGUCAGGAUUUUAUAAUGUGACCGUAACAGCUAUCAGCUCCUUGGCAAGUGAUGCCAUUCAAAAGGUUCUCAAGGUUCAAUCUCAAGGUAUACCUUAUGAAAUGACAAAAAGCUUUUUGAUUCAUUUACAAGAUGAAGAAACCACUCAAAAAAACGAAAUCAUUAUUGAUUUUCCUGGAAACGUUGUGGACGGAUCUCAGAAAGUUGAGAUCUCAGCAUUUGGUGAUAUAUUUCGGCCUUUGGUUCGACAUCUUGAAAAGGUGGCUAAAGUUCCGUAUGGAAACAAUGAGGAUAAUAUCAGGCUUUUUCUGACGAACUCAAUAGCUCUUAAAUACCUCAAGGCGCUUAAUUCCUUAGAUUCAAGCUUAGAAAGUAAAAUGAUACUCAAUCUUGAGCUAGGCUAUCAAAAUGAAUUGUCGUUCAAAUACUUGGAUGGGUCUUUUGGACUUUUUGAAAGAAAGAAAGACGAAAGAACCGGAGAUAUUUGGCAAACUAUUUUCGCACUUUGGGGCCUUGUUUAUGCAGAGGACUUGAUUUCUGUAGAUUCUAAGGUCAUAGCACGUGGAUUAGAGUAUUUGGAAUCGAAGCAACAAGAGAAUGGUUGUUAUAAAUCAGAAGAUGAUGUGUUAGAAGAAAAUAUCAAAUUAACAGCUUUUGGAUUGAUGGUCUUUUUUAUGGAUGAAGACUCAGGAGAUAAAUACAAAAAGGUUAUCGAAAAAGGUCUGGCAUAUUUGUAUGAAGCUUCUAUUGACUUGAAAUAUUCUCCGAUUUCGGUGGUGUCAGCAUAUGUUCUACAUCUUGGAAAACAUGAAAAAGCUGGAGAAUAUCUUAGAAAGCUCACCUCGAAUAUAAGUUCGGCAACCAAACAAAACUUAUGGACAAAGUCGGAUACACUUCAAUCACAUCUUGAGACAAUUGCUGGAAGCUUGAUGAAUUUUUUCGAAUCUCAAGAAAUAUCAGAUCAAAAUAUUCUGCACAUUGUUAGAGGCUUAAUUGUUCCUAAGCAAGAAGAAUCAUCUAUAACUCACAUGGUAGCCUUGCAGGCUAUGAUCGCAUUCGCUGAAAAACUCUCCAUGAGAAAAACAGAUCUGAACAUACAUUUUAAGGAUGAUCGUAAUGUUACGGGAGAUUUUCAGUUAAAUGAAGAGAAUGCGCAAGUUCUACAAACAAUUGAGCUUGCCGAAAGUUCAAAAAAGAUACAAAUUCAAAGCAAGGGUUCUGGUUUCGCAAUAGUGGAUGUGAAGUACGAGUACAAUAUUUUACCGGAAAAUCAGUCUUCUAACUUCUACUUUACCAAUAUAUCAGUUGAGAUAUAUUCAGACUUUCUGAUUUAUGUGCCAAUCUGUUCGAAGGUUCUCUCAAGUAACUCACGAAAUAAAUUCAUUGUGAUGGAAGUAAGUCUUCAGUCUGGCUACAUAUUCACCGAUGGAAAUUAUAAUGAUAUUGAUUCUCAAAAUGAUAAUAUUAAGUCUAUUCAAUUCAAUGAUGGUCGAGAUAAAGCUAUAAUUUAUUUUGACUACGAUCCUGAAAAUGAAGUUUGUAUUGAAUUAGAAGCUCGUAAGACUUACAAAGUUAUCAAUUCUAAACCUGGAUGGGUAGUUGUUUAUGGUGAAUAUGAUAAAGAUAGCAAAUCUAUCAAUAGCUUUAUGGUUGCUGAAGUAUAGAUGUAAAGAAGUCAGAAAUUGUCAUAAAAUAAAAGCUUUCUGGUACUUAACUUUAAAAAUUAUAAACUAUAUUUUUAAUUAA